GAAAAAGUUUCAUUAUGGGUCAAGGCCCAGUGAAAAACAAGAUAAAGUUUAGCCCAUUAAGGGUGUCGUUACAACACGAAGGGCCGCUUUUGCUUGGGAAUCAGAGAGAGAGUUUUGCGAUCUUGAGAAAAAAGAAAACGAGAUAGAGGUAAAUCCAGUCGAGAUUGAUCGGAUGUCGGUGAUGAUUCCGAUCAACUCUUUCCUCUGGAUCUUGCCGUUGAUUGCUCCGAUGAGCGUUUGGCUGUCUGAGAAGACGUUGAGUGUGGUGAAGCCGUGAAUCGUUGCCGAAUUGAGCGCUGCCAUGAUUGCUAGAGCUUCACCGAUGAGAGGGGAGGCGACGUACUCCUGCGUGAUCGAUUCUACUAUUGUGGAGUCUAUUAUUGGCCCCGAGAAGUUCCACGCUAAUCCCGCCACUCUGUGGGUCUUGUUCCAAGCUGCGUCCGUUUUGCAUGUGAUGGCUCUGUCCAUCGAAGCAGUGUUCAAAGUUCUUGGAUGUCGAUUCCGUAUUCCUUCCGGUGAAGAUCUUCUGUUUUCAAAAACGUGUUUGUUACGGGAGAUCCAGAUCGACCAGAGUAUCCAAGGCAGAAUAUCCCCCACAAUCCCUGUCGGUGGCAAGCAAAUUGUUCCUCUGAACUUUAUUAGGGCCUUCGUGAAUUCUGAUUCUGGAUCUACUUGAAUCGAUCUCGAUGUUGGGAUGAGCUUCCAGACGUCUGCUGCAAAAGGGCAGGUAAAGAAGAUAUGCAUUUUUGAUUCUACUUCAUUGCAUCGCGGGCAUUGAGUAGCUGACACCAAUCCUCUUUUUCUUAGGUUUUCUCCAAUAGGCAGAGCAUCAUUGAUUGUUGACCAGAGGAAUAGUCUCAACUUCGGUGAGCACACACUCCUCCAAACAUCUUUUAUCCAAUCGAAGUCUUCAUCUGUUCUUAUUGUCUGAGGUUUAUUCUUUUUUGCUGCAGCGAA